UCUCCCAUUGCAGCUUGGCCAAUGGCGCAGCUACCGGUCGAGAUCUUUGAAAUCAUCACCCGGUAUCUGAGCCGGGCUGAUAUCCAGGCGCUCCGCCUGGUGUGCAGGGAAUUUGAGGCCAAGGUCUCUGCCCAGUACUUUCGAAAUGUCGUCGUGCCCUUCCGCUCGGAGCUCUACACCAGCCUCGACAGCGACGAGGACAAUGCCGUCACGUCCUGCUUGUUUUCCAGCGGCAUGCGCAUCUUUGAAUCGUUUGGCCCUCACAUUCUUCGCUUCGCUCUGUCGCUCGAGCUGGAUGAGUUUACGCUUGCCUAUCCGCCAGUCAAACCCGCCCAAGAGGCCGUGGCCGCCUUCUGGGGCGUCUAUCGAUGGCCCCACGAGACCUACCAUCGCUACACGGAUCUCGAGGGUCUCGAGCAGACCGCCGAUGAGACUGAUAGCAUGAAGAAGGCCCUGCGCUGCCUGACCAAGGUGACUAACCUGGGCCUCUGCUGUGAUGCCGGCUUGGGCUUUCUUGUGGGCCCUGAUCACGCCGUACGAAAGAUGAACAACCCUGACCCCGUCUUCGGUACCCGAGACUGGCGUCCAGAUACCCGCCCUAGGAACAGUGAAGCUCUUGCUCUCCCGACUGACUACAAUGCCGUACCCGUGCCCCGAGAUCUCCAAACCGCCACGGCUCAGCAAGAUAACUUCAAACGUCGAGUUCUGGAGAAGAUGAUUUCUGACGCUGGCUUCGCUGGCUUCUACAUCCACGAGGCCAUUGAUCUGCUGCUCGAAACUGAAGGCGUCACAAUUUCCCACAUCGACUUUGACGAGCGUGAUGCUAUACCCAUCGACGACACGCUGCAGAACCUGCAGACCCCGCAAAACCUGUCUGAGCCUCCGCGGGAGCGGGAUCCGUUGGGGGAUCCCAACAUCCGGCAGCCUCUUAUCCCGACCAACCUCACGCGGGCCCAGAAAGAGCUGCUUCUUGAGCUAGAGUGGGCGCAUCGUGCCAUGAUCCAGUCCUAUGUCAUCAGCAUCAUUGACAAUGCUGGGGAUGGCUGCUUCGACAACCUGACCAACGUGACCAUUGCCAAGAUUCCCAGCGCUCAUGUCCAUAUCCUGUGCCGCAAGGAGCUCUGGGAGAGUUUGCCCUGUGUCAAGAACGUAUCCAUCGCCGUUAUCGCGGACUGGAGAAAGAUUGCCAAGCCAUCUCCGGGCGUCAUCACUGACACACAGGUGUCUCCCGCCGAGGCUGUUCCCAAGGUGUACAAGCUUCUCAAUGACUACAUUGGACAGCGGCACACCAUCGAGAACGUUCACUUUGAGUGGAUAUGCGGCGGCGAGUUUGCUCGGGGUCCGUUCCAGCGCAACCAGUACAUCCUUCCAGCCCCCUUCGUUGAGUCUCCAGAUUUGAUGAGUGCCCCGGACGCCGCCAAAGACACCGAUAAGCUUCUGGACAUGCCCUUUGUCAAGCACCUGUCCCUCAAAAACUGCUGGGUCUCCCCACAUGUUCUUAUGCAAACUAUUCGUUCCAUGGCGCUGCACUCUCUUGACAAGCUGGAAUUUGAGUCCGUGUCUCUUUCUGGGCCUCCCAUAUAUUCUCUUCAGCCAGCCAACGCUCCCCAACCUGCCGAGGAUGCCGCUAUUCCGGUCCCAGCAAUGUUCCAAGGUCUCGUCGGUAACAUGGGUGCGGCCCCCGCUAUACCACCCCCCAUGUUCCCACCAGGUGUGAUGCCAAUGCAAAUGCUCUUGCCCGAGGAACAGCUACCGGAGAGGCUUACUAUGCCAGACCUCUUUUCGUGGUCUGGUUUCUGCGAGCAUUUCAGCCCUAGCAUCAAAAUGCGUUUCCUUCCCCGUUUUCGCGAAUCCGCCGGCCUGGAUGCUGAUGAAACCGUCAGACCAGAGGAACUUUCCUUGCCACAUCCCAACAAGGACUCCUACCUGCCAAAUGUCGACCAGCUCAAUGCUGACGAGGCUCAGUACAACAUCAGCUCGAUAUCUUUCAAGUCUUGUGGCUAUGUCUUUGUGGACAUGCGCACUCUCGACAUUCGGGCUCUUCUGCCGCCGGAAGGCCAAGCUGCUCAUGCCUUUGCCAACACCAUUCGUCAUGAUAUAUUUCACUCUAUGCAAUACUCCAAGGAUAAGCACCUCGCCCGUAUUUUGCCAUAUAUGCUGCCUUUGGAAGCGAAGACGCUUGAACAAAUUUUCUUCAUGGAUCAUGGCUGGAGCAAGGUGUAUGGAAGUUACAUUUCCGAUGAUGCUAUUGCUGACGGUUUUGAAUGCCCUGGCUUGGGACGCUUUUCUGGCACCCUU